UAAAGUCGACACUGGUUUUCAUCAAAGUCGUUGUAGUAUAGUGGUAAGUAUUCCCGCCUGUCACGCGGGUGACCCGGGUUCGAUCCCCGGCAACGGCGAAAGGAUUUUUUUUAUUUUGAAAUAUAUUUAUUUGAAGAGUGGAGGGAAACAACGCAUUUCGAGACUUCAAACCCCGCCAUCUCUCUCUCUCAAGAUCCUCCCUACAACGCCAUUAUUUCUUUGGAAAUCUUGCUUUCUACUUAAUUCUUUGAAUGGCGAAUACUAAAGAAGGAGAAGAGGCAGCCAAAUCGGACGGUCUGGAGAUCAUCUCCAUCGGAUCUCUAUACAAAGGACCCUGGGACAAGAAGUAUUGGAGCUCCUCUAGGGGUAAAGAUCGAUAUCCUUAUCCUGUAGGAUAUCAAGCUGUUCGGGUUCACAAUGGAAGCACUUAUAAGACGGAAAUUCAUGAAGGUCCUAAAGGGCCUUUGUUCGUGAUCUCUUCUGAAGGACAAUCGUGUUAUGGACAAACUCCAGAUAUUGCAUGGGAGAAAUUGCAGAAGGUGGGUUGCCCCCAUUUGAAGAUAUGGCAUGGAAAGAGAUUUUCGUGCAAGAUAGACGGUGUGGAGAUUUUUGGAUUCAAAAAUCCAUUUGUCCAAAGGUUACUUCGGGAAUUGGUGGCAAAUGUCAAUGAAGCAGCAGAAAGGAGUUUGUUAUCUUCCAGCUUCUGCAAUGGCGCUCCUAAAAUGGAGCAUGACAAUAGGAGCUCAACUAUCUGCACUGCUCCUGAUUUACUACCAUACUUAGCCAGGCCACAGAUCAGGAAAAAGAGAAGUACAAGGUGUGAAAAAAUGCAGAACAAGUCGGUUAAUGGACCUGGCCUUAAACGACCCCGAUCUAAGGAUGUGAUAUAUGAUGCCAAGGGUUCAAAUUUAGUACAAGGGAAUCAAGCAAAACUUAAGCAUGCAUUUCCAGUAACUUACACUGCUUCAAAAGAAGAAAAUGACAAAUUUCCAGGAGCAUCAACAGUGUACUCAAAAUCAUUUGGGGAAGAUAAUGAUUACUCUUCAGCAAAAGAUGGUUUUCCAUUGAAAUUUGUUGAUUUCUCAGAUCACCAUGGGGAGAAAGAAGCCAAGAGCAAGUUUUUUAGUUCCCAAAAUGCAAAACCCUCUAGGCUAGUUUACAGCACACCUAAUGAGUUGGAUAGGUCACAAGAUACUGAACUGGAACGAUUCAGUUUUCCAAUAAAAACAGACAACAGACCUGGAGAUUCACCAGUUCCAAAUGACUCCCAGGGCAUCAAUGGUUUCCAUCUUUGUGCACCUGAUACUCUGGAUUUUGAAGUAAUUAGCCACAAAAUCGAUGCAGAUGAAUUGACAAAUGUUGCUUCAAGUGCAAGUGAUACAACUAGCAGUGUGAAAGAAGAGUUAACUGCAGCUAAUAUAGUAGUUUCUGAUGGCUUGGUGACCGAGUCUCAUCAAGAAGAAGAAGAAAUAGGCACAUCUAAUUCAAAUACAGGUUCUGAAAAAGGUGAUUUUGAUUUGGUAGGUCAGGAAACGGCUAAGUUGAUGAUGACAGUUUUACUUCCUCAAGCUAUUCCUUUGCUUAAGGAGUCUUCAAGGAAGAAAAGGGAAGUCAUUAGCCCAUGCAAAGUAUUGCCCCAUGUGGUGAAUUCUCAAGAGGACAACAUUGAUAUGAACCAUUUGUUGAAUCUUCCAUCUUCUGCCAUCAUGCUAACUGAGGAUGCACAUGUGGAACUGGACAAGAGAAUGCAUAUCCAAACUUUAGACCAUGGUUCAGUUGUGCCAAAUCUUGAACAUGCGAACUCUGUUAUUCUUGACAGUUUUGAGGAUGACCAGGGAGGGGAUCGUAUAGCUAGUCAAGCUCAAUUAUUUUCAACAAAUGUGGAGCUUGAUCAAACUAGUUUCAAUAAAGACAUAUAUCAUUCCAACAUUCAGGAACAGCUUGUUAGUAUCAAUUUGAAGCAGGAAACAUCAGUAUGUUGCGAUGAGAUCUGUGGGAAACAAGAUACCAUCUGCCACAAGGAUGUAAGCAUGGCUCCUAAUAAAAAGCCUCAUGAUAGUGAUGUAAUCAUAUCUGAGUCUGUUUUAGGGUGGGUGUCUCCAUUCAUGAAAGCUUUCUCUGAAGAUAUACGAGAUGUUUGUGUAAAUUUGGAUGAAAACUCAGCAGAUAUUGAAAAUCAUUCUGUGGAAAAGAAGCCCAAUAGUGCACUUAAUUGUGCUAAAGUUGUGGAUACAAACGAUAUAAAUCCAAGAGGCAUUGGAAAUCCUGUGAAAUCAUCAGAGAGGGACGGUAGUGCUGAAACCAGGGCUCCUAAAACUAACUCUUCCUAUCAAUCCCAGAAUAAAGUAUAUACCAGAAAGAAAGUCUCAAAACAAGCUUAUUCAACUAGAAAAUACACUGGUCCUCUCUCUGAAAGCAUCAUAUGCAGAAAUUCUGGAGAUGAUUAUGGCCCUAAUGAAUCUGGUACAACAGGAACUUCUCUUGAUUCAAAGAGUUGCUGCUCUUAUGAUGACAAGCCAUGCAAUAGAGACAUCUUUGGUGCUACAGCGAUGCUUGAAGGACUGUCCUAUGGAUUAACUGUGGAGAGAGCUAAUACGAAUUGCAAAUCUGAAAUGAGUAAUGUGCUACCUGUUAUAUCUAAUCAAAAUCAAAAGUUGGCUUGUGUCUCUAAAGCAAAAGAUAUGUCAUGCUUACUUGAUCCAUCUGUUUCACUUGAGAGGGGAUUUCAAGAAAACUGUCACAACAAGAGGUUUGAAGAUAGAAUCAUUGUAGAAAAUGACUGUUCUGCUUCAUGUCAAAAUCAGUUGAGUAGCUUUUGUGACAAGAAGAGAUCUUUAGCAAGUGAAGUUCAAGUUAGUUUAGAUGUCAACCAUUACAGGGAUGUAGAGCUUAAUAGUGAUCUAAGGGGCAUUGUCAACCUUGUAGGAGGCUAUUUCCAUCCUUUGCCUAUCUCAUCAGUAUUGCUGGGUACAAAAGGAAAUGAAAUCCACAUUUGUAUUUCAUGUGGUCUUCUUGAACAUAAGAACAGAACCUUGUUCAUCUACAAGAUAGCUAUUGAAGAACCAAGGAUAGGAUGCCCUUCUUUUGUUGGUUACACAUCAGUAGCAUUGCCAUUUUCAGAAAUUGAUUUAGAAAGAUCUGGCUUACAAUUCACCCCAGAUGGGCAAUGUCUUGUCUUACUUGACAUCAUUAAAACACCUUAUUGCAGGGAAGGGAUAAUAGAUUGUAUCUGCUCAAUGUGUUCUUCAGGCUGCUUGAAGGAGAAUGCAGUAAAAAUUGUGCAAGUAAAUCCUGGUUAUGUUUCUUUGGUUGCAAAGUUGGAAACAGUUGAAAGUGUGCAAUGUAUAUUGGUUUCUGAAAAUAAUUAUCUUGUUGCUGCUGAAAAGAGUGGGAGACUGCAUCUUUGGGUCAUGAAUUCAGCAUGGAGUGCAUGGACGGAAGAUUUUAUCAUACCAACUGGUGACUGCAUAUCUUCUUGUGUAGUGGAGUUGAAGAGAAUUCCAAAAUGUGCUCAUCUGGUGAUUGGGCAUAAUGGUUUUGGGGAAUUUGUUGUAGGGGAUAUUUUGAAAAGGGUCAUCAUCUCAAGAUUUUCUGCUUCUGACAAUCCAAUUAAGCAAUUCCUACCAAUCAGUUUAGUUAGUUGGCAGCCUAUUUUUCGCCAUGCUGAUAUGAAUGGGCGCAUUGAUGAAAUCAUUACAGCUACAAAAAAUUGGUUUUCUGAAAAUAAGGACUGUUCUCUGCUUCCAUUAGUGGGGGAAGAUAUUGCUGUCUGGCUUCUUGUCUCGACCAUCUCUGAUUCUGAUGCUCAGCAUGAACAUUUAUCAAGUAAUUGCCAAACAAAUCCAUCCAGAUGCUGGAGGCUAGCCUUACUGGUGAAGGAUAGGGUGAUCUUGGGGAGUAUACUAGACCCAAGGGCUGCUGCAAUUGGUGCAUCAUUUGAUCAUGGGAUCAUGGGAAGAGAUGAUGGGCUGGUGUAUAUGUGGGAAUUGUCCACGGGAACUAGACUUGGUAUUUUGCAUCAUUUUGAAGGUGGCAGUGUUUCAUGUAUUGCAACUAAUGAUUUGAGGCCAGAUGUUAUGGCUGUAGCUGCUGAUAACGGCCAGUUGCUGGUUUAUCUACAUAACCAAGCAACUAAGGAAGAAAUUAGCAAAUAAGUCGUUUGGUCUCUUCCAUGAUUUUCUCUUGUUGUUCAACCUGUAGUUGUAUAGUUGAUACUUGUAAUAGUGCAGAUAAAUCUCAAUAUAAUUGUCUCAUUUUGCUUGGUCACAUAUACAUAGAGUUGCAUUUUCUUUUCCUUGCUUUGUAUAUGGAAUUGCAAUACAACAAUAUUUUCUUUCAGCAUCUUUAUGCAUAUUGAGACUGCAUUGAGAAUCAGUUCCUAGUCUAAAUCUGGUUUUAGUGUUCUCUUUAUCUUAAACCAUGUUGAACAUGUGCAAGUUGCAUCACUAUGAUUAAAUUGCCUUUCUUUUGUUGCUGGAAGCUCCACAAGGCGAUGUGAAGGCAGAUUUUUUUUUUAUUUUUUGGCAAAUUUUAGGUACUG